AUGCCACUUCACUGGGCUUGUCAAGUCUCGAAGGUUGAAGAUCCUCGUGAGGUUACUGCAGAAUUCAUGGAGGAGAAGGUGCAACGAGUUGUCACAGUUCUUGGUCUGUUGCUAGAAUGUAGCCCGGAAACGAUCAAUACGCAGGAUCAGUACGGAAAUACGCCUCUACGCUAUGCAGCCAAGAACUACAGCAAUUACGGACAAGAGCAUACAGCCGUCUUUCAGUACCUCUGUGACAGAGGUGCUGAUUCGUGUAUGCUCAACAAAAAUGGCGAGACAGCAUUGCACAGCUCAUGUUCUUGCGAUGGAGGACUACCGGUUGAUACAGCCGCGAUUGAAACUUUACUCGACCAUGGAGCAAAAUUUACAGAUACAGACAAUGACGGCGAUACGCCACUACACUUGGCGGUCAAGAACCUAGAGAAUAUUGAAGUCAUCACUUCUCUGCUCGAUCAUGGUGCAGACAUACGUGUAAAGAACUUGAAAGGAAACACGCCACUACACGAAGCCGCGAGCGGAAUGUUCUGGCCUGGAGUAGUCGAAGAAAAGUACAAAAGCAUGGGAGAUAUACUUCGGAGGCUUCAAGGCGAUGGAGGAUAUCUGAUGGAUGAGCUGAAUGAAGAGGGACAAUCCCCUCGACAGAUUCAAAAUGGAAGAAGGAAGGACUUCAGAGAGAAAGUGGAUGAUGUUGAAAAUGAAAGGAAGCGGUGGGGAUUUUGA